CUUAGCAGGAGGGAGCCAAUUUUUUGAAGGGAGGCUCCUCGAGCUAGAAAAAGUAGCACACGACCAGGACAAGUGUUCAUUGGGCAUAUUCGUUGGGGGUUUGAGCUGGCGGUGAUGGCUAUGGUACUUCUCAGAUGGCCAAGACAAGGGCUUCAAGGUUGAUGUUGCGAGGUACAGGUUUUAGCUCCACAGCUCCACUGGGUUGUAGGCUCAUAGAAUGCGGGAAUCCUGGAGCAAUGGCUAGCUCCCGGAAAUGGAAGAACAGGUCCAAGACUUUGAGGAAAAGAAGCGUUUUGGUCUUGGGGGCUGUUACACCGGCUGCUGGAGACGCUGGGUGGGAUUACAGCGAGAGUUUGCGUCAAGGCUUGCAGAAUGGCAGUAGUGGUGGAAGCUCGAGGAUUUAUGCAAAGUGGAAAUGGUGGGAAAGGAAAAACGAGAGCGCUCUGGACAAGGACGAAGCAUUACCUCUUCCGAUGACUUAUCCCAAUUCAGAGCCACUUCCGAAGGAGGAGGUGGAGAAGGCGGCCAACUGCGAUCCUGAGAUAGAGAAUUGUAAGAACGUUGUGUACCAGUGGACGGGCGAGUGUAGACGUUGCCAAGGCACCGGAGUGGUGAGCUUCUAUCGGAAGAAUGGAAAGGAGGUGAUUGGCAACUGCAUCUCUUGUCUAGGAAUAGGUGCGCGCCUCCAUUUCUUCUUUGCUGCUUAGCUUACGUGAAAACUUCCUUGCAGGAUAUGUACACAAGCAUACCAGCAGAGACGUGGAGCAAGAUGAAAUAUCUUGAGGCCGAGUUCCACAAAUCUUUUCGCGAAAAUGGUCCGUUUCUCUCCCCCGCAUUUUUGUUUCCAUUCAUUCCUGCGAGCAAUAAAGCAGCAGCGGUCCGUUAAAAAGAGAGUUGGAUCCAAGGAA